GAAAUUAAAAUUAAUCAUAAAGAAUCAAACGUUGAAAAUUUAUUUGAAUUAUUAGGACUACAAUCAUUUGAUGGUAAAUUCUUACCAAAUAAAUCAUUUUAUGAAUUUUUUUAUAAAAAUGAUUUAAAUGAUUUAAAUGAUUUAAAACAAGAAAUUAAAAAGGAAAUUGGAGAAAUUAAGGAAAUUGAAGAGAUAUUAACUACUUGUAUUUCUAUGAAAUAUCUUGAAAUAAUUAUGUUUGAAAAUUUUAAAGACGAAUGUGAAAUGUGUUAUGAAAAAGCUGAAAAAGCUUUAAAGAAAAUGGUUGAAAAUGAAGAAAAAAGAAAUAUUAUUUCUGAAAAAGCUAAAGAAUGGGUUCAAAAUUGGGUCAAUGAUAAAGAGUAAAGAGAUUAAAUAGCAAAAUUGAUUUUUUUUUUAUAAUUUGCUUUUUAUUUUGUGAUAUUGAAUGUACAUGUUAUGUAUUGUAUAUUAAUAAUUAUAUAUUAUUAAAGCUCUUCAAGCAAGGUUAAGAACCUGC